AUGGUCAGCAAAUAUAAAGGACUUCCUGAUGUGGAUUACGGAGCACAGGAAGUGUUUGAGAAUUCUGACGUGGAGGAAGAACGUCACGUGCCUGAAUCUCCAAGGUCCGAUCCAAACAUAAUACAAGAAAGCCUACACCGAUCUGAGGCCGAGAUCCGAUUUGGCAACGAUGUAGUUGUCGGGGAGGCAGUGGACUUCCUGGGGAACGUAUCUUUGGGCAAAUUUAUAGGCUACAAUGUUGCAAGAGUCGAUGAAACUCGACAACAGAAACUUGCACGUAUAGAACAAGAAUUGAGUCAAUUGUCUUUAGAGGAGGAUGAUGUACAAGUUAAGAGCUUGAUUUCAAUGCUUGAUACGAUUCAAAAUGGUAAGAAGGAAGCUGACAGGUCUGAGCAGAAUUUAUAUGGGACUAAAGUGAAAUCGUUGUUUGAUCUGAUAACGAAUGAGUUACACAAAUCGAGGGUAAGAUCACGUGACAUGAAUAAUAAUAAUAAUUAUAAUAAUGAUAAUAAUCUUGUGGAUACAGGCGUUAUACUGGAACUAGAAACUAAAAUUAAUUCAUUAGAAACCCAAAUUGGUCCGGAGUUCUUUACUGAGGCAUUUCCUACUUCUAUCCAUGCUGUGAUCAAGGAAUUGACACGAAAGACGCAUAUUAUUCAGAACCCGGAAUAUGCCAUUGACAUUGUGAAGGAGAAAAUCGAUAGCAUCAAGAAAGAGAAUGAUAUUCUAGAAACUCAAACCAAAGUUCUAAAUGUAAUACAGGGCAAUAAUAAUAUUCUGAAGCGACUGGCAGGUCUAGGAAGUGAUGCUGGUCUUUCUGAAACUGAGAGAACCCAACUUCGACAAUUGUGUAGUCGGAUUCCUGAAUUCGAUGCAGUUAACCAUACAGUUCCCCGUAUUAUAGAACGUUUAAAGACUCUACAACGGGUUCAUAUCGAUACCACUUGUUGUGUUAACUUUGUUGGGGAACUUGAUCUGGUUGUCAAUAGUAUUAUGGCAGACAUGGUUAAAUGGGAUACUUCCAUUAACAAAUGUAUGGAGAAUUUAGAAGCUUAUGAAGCGAAUUUUAAUACUAAUAAGGAGUCAAUUCUCAAACAGAUGGACGAAUUGGAGAAGGCACUGCAUAUGUAA